CCUAGGUAAACAGGUGUAAGCAGCUUCACAUGCAUCCCAGGCCCAACACCGACCGACAGUGUACAUAUUAAACACUUGUGUCUUCCAAUAUUUCCCCUACAACUUAUCCAAACUCUCUCAUUCCCUGGACAUUUCCACCCUCCUUUAUCGCCCUAUCCCUCGCUUCAAGCAACACAUUUGCAAAAAUGGCUGCCCCGCCUUCCAAGACGAUGAAGUCGUUCGAUGGAAAGUGGCAGAUGAACAAGACCCUCGGCGAUAACCCGGACCCCGUGCUCUCCCUCCAAGGCAUCGGCUGGAUCCUCCGCAAGACCAUCGGCAGCGCAACCAUCACCCAACACAUCAAGACCUCGACCACUCCCUCGGGCGCCACGCACAUCCAGAUCGACCAAACCCUCACCGCGGGCCUCAAGGGCACGAGCGAGAGCCGCGAGCUCGACUGGACGUACCGCCCGCACUCGGACUGGCUCUUCGGCGACGUCAAGGGCCGCUCGCGCUGGUCCUCGCUGAGCAAAGUCGUCGAGGAGGCGGCGACGACGGGUAAAGGGGAGGCGGCUGAUCUCGAGGCCGAUGCGAAGUUCCUCGUCGAGGGGUGGUUACCUGAGUCUGCCGAGGGCGAGAAUGUGGUUGAGAGUUUUGUCGAGAAUGAGGCUGCGGGGUGGACGGCGUGGCAGGUGUGGGGGUUUGCCGAUGUGGAUGGCAAGGGCAGGUUUCAUGUUAGGAGGGUGGUUGUCCGGAAGGGGAGUAAGGUGGAGAGGAUUAGGUUGGUGUAUGACUACGUUGGCGAGCUGGAGGGUUAGGUGGUGGGUGUUUGGAACGGGGGAUCUGAGCUGAGAUGUUUGUUUUGGGUACACAGUGGAGUGGUUUGCUUGAGUGCGAGUAUAUCCAGUGAGCAUGUACUGUUGUUGAUUUUGGAGCG